GCGGAACGGAAAGAGAGAGCGGGGGACGUGUUUGGCAGAGGGACGGCCUGAUCGUUUGUGCUCCCAGUUGGGUUUGUGUCUUGGCGAUGUUUCUGAGGGUCUCCGCGAUCCUACCUCUACGCCCUCUCUCCCGCUUCCCUUUAUGCUGUGGAGGCUCAGAGGCUACGAUUGUGCUACUCGGUGCUCCGCACGGAACGGUCAGGACAAAAAAUAAUGUCCAAAGAAACUUUGGCACUAACAGUGUGAAUUAUAGCAAGAAAGAUGAGCAGUCUGCUCCAACGCAUGGGAUUUCCAAAGAAACAGAGAGCCAAGAGAGUGUAAAGGAGAAUACAAAAAAAGACUUGUUAGAUAUUAUUAAGGGCAUGAAAAUUGAGUUAAGCACAGUAAAUGUACAAACAACAAAGCCAUCCAGCAGAAGACAACGCAAGAGUGUGGAAGCUACAAUUGGCAGACUUCAAAAAACUCUGGAAGAUGCCCCAAAGAAGAGAACCAAGUCCAUGAGUCCUGAGUUGGAAGCAGCAGCAUCUGCUGUUGCAGAUUUUCUCCAUUUUGAUAAGCAGACAACCAAGUCAGAGCUGCUCAGGCAACUCCAGCAGCAUGAGGAAGUCUCAAAGGCACAGAAAGAUGGAGAAAGAACUAAAAUCAGCAUCAGUAACAUAAUAUCAGAUAUGAAAGUUGCCAAAUCUGCCACAGGUAGAGUUAGUACAAGACCAGUGCAUCAAAUUCAAUUUGAUGAAGGAACUGACAGUUUCAUGGGACAGAAGACUGAUGAUCGUAAGAAAAGUCUUAGGAAAAAUAUGCUCAAAGGGAAGAGACUUAAUAUUUUUGACCUUAAGGCAGUUACCGAAGAGGCACCUGAAACAGAGACAGCACCUUCACUUUGGGACGUGGAAUUUGCGAAGCAUUUGGCCAUGGUAAAUGAACAGCCCCUUCAGAAUGGUUUUGCAGAGAUGAUCCAGUGGACCAAAGAGGGGAAGCUGUGGGAGUUUCCAAUUGACAAUGAAGCCGGUUUUGAUGAUGAUGGUUCUGAAUUUCAUGAACAUGUAUUUCUGGAUAAACACCUGAAAGAUUUUCCAAAACAAGGACCAAUUCGCCACUUCAUGGAGCUGGUGACCUGUGGCCUUUCCAAAAACCCAUACCUGAGUGUUAAACAGAAGAUUGAACACAUAGAGUGGUUUAGAAAUUAUUUUAAUGAAAAACAAGACAUUCUAAAAGAAAGUGGGAUACGGCUUAAUUGAAGACCAUGGAAAUUCUUAUUUCAAGCUGUUGGUGAUGGAUAUUAAAACUAAAUAAAAUAAUUUUACUAGAA